UUCAUUUCUGUGCGAGCCCCCGAGCUUUCUUGUCCUCUCUCCUUUCCUCUUCUUUCUCCUCAUCAUAACUUCCAGAAGGUAGACGAAUAGACAGCAUUUGAACAGUCAAGAUGGCCAACAACAACACUGAGGGGGCCCCGGUGGCAGACCCUAUCUCUGUGGAUCCUAACAUUGAGGACGAUGCGAGCGACAUGACGGAUGCAGAAAGCAUCCGCACAUCAACAACGGCCUCGCUGAGUGAGAGCAUCCGAGAGUAUCGUGAGAUUCACGGCCGCACGUACACGCAAAAGACCGAGUAUUGGGGACCCAAUGACGAAAAGCAGAACGAAGCUUUGGACUUCAAUCACUAUUGGAUGACCGAUUUCUUUGAUGGCGAAUUGUACUUUGCUCCCAUCGGCCCCGACCCUCAGCGAGUCCUUGACCUAGGCACCGGUACUGGUAUCUGGGCCAUUGAUUUCGCAGAUAAGCAUCCCUCUGCUGAGGUGAUUGGCAUCGAUGUUUCUCCCACCCAGCCAGGCUGGGUCCCGCCAAACUGCAAGUUUCAGAUCGACGACUUCGAAAAAGAAUGGACCUGGCCGACGGAGUACUUUGAUUUUGUCCAUGCACGUAACCUGGAAGGAUGUUUCUCGGACCUCCCCAACGUCCUGCAGGAGACUUACGACCACCUGAAGCCUGGCGGCUGGUUCGAAGUGAAGGAGUUCGAGGUUCUGUGUCGGUCCCAGACUCAAGAACUGCCGGACGACCACGUCUUCAACAGAUGGUUCAAAUGCGCAUGUGAGGCUCAAGACAAACUGGGCAAGGCGCACAGCAACGCAGUUGACCGAAAAUGGGCCAAGAGUCUCGACAAGGUUGGGUUCGUGGAACUUGUCGAAAAGAAGUGGAAGAUUCCCAUUGGCAGCUGGCCGGCAAAGCCAGAGCUUAAGAAACUUGGGGCAUGCAACCUGGAGUUUGUGGAACAGUCUUUGGAAGGUUUCAUGCUCUUUCUGCUCAAGGAAAUCUUGGGUUUCACCUACGAGGAGGCACAGUUGAUGAUCAGCGAGCUCAGGGCCGAGUUGAGGAACCCGAAGAACACUCCUUACUACUAUUUACACGCCAUGUACGCCCGCAAGCCCCUCGAGGAUGUCAAGAAGAGCGAAGACAACACUGCCGAGGCAUAGCAUGAUUGGGCACUUCUCACAUAUCUCUCUUUCUUAAUAUACUCAACAAUGUCAUUUCAAU